GUUUACGUACCCGGCCAUAAGUCGCCUCAGUCGAUCUGUAUCUGUCCCACCGUCACUGAGUGGCCGGAUGGCCGGAUAUAGAUGAACUGAGCACACCCACGCAACGCCACACCUUGCUCCCUGUCCUCACCAAAGUGCCCGGUGAUAAAAGCUAACCUGGGGAACUACUUGGCCUACUUACCGUGGGUGCCUACCCCUUCCCUUCUCCGAUGUCCCCUCCUACCGCCUGGGUAGCUGUCCGCUAUUCUUCAUUCUUCUCUACUCGCAACACCACCCUACUGGCGACUUGAUUUGCAUGCACUCGACUUUCACAUGGGCUAGUUGGCACCAUUGUUUCGGACUCGAGACUCCAUCGCCUCCGCCAUGUCUAAGUACAAAGACAAGGAGGGCGGGAACGAGGUGGCCUCAAUAAAUGCGAAAUGGGUAUCGUGGGCGCAUACCGUCUUUGCAUACACUGCCUUUCUGAGCGCGCUCUUCGUCGGUAUACGCCUUCACUAUCACAAGAUCGUCCAGAACGAAUUCCAUGGAUAUCCUGACGAGUGGUUCCCCUCCGUCUCCGCUACCAUCGGUGACCGAUACCCGGAACGGUCGUUUUUCAUGAUAUUCAUAGCGUUAACUUCGGGUCCUAGGUUCGCGCUCGUGACUCUUUGGUAUCUCCUGGCGGCGCGGCCCGGGAAGGCCCUUCCCAAGUUUGUUGCCGGUGUUGGUCUCUUCAGGACCCUGACUUGUGCCGGCUGGACUUAUGUGACUUCGACCGAUGACCACGACCGGCAUGAUAUUUUCAUGAUUUCGUACCUUGUGGCCACCAUCCCUUGGACUGCCGGUUGCAUCGCGCUCAGCUCUCCAAAUACGAUUUCCAUCAGGUACAGAAAGUACCUAGCUGGCGCCUUUUUUGGCGCCAUACCUCCCAUGGUCUAUUUCUAUAUUCAACACAAAGUCCACCGCGUCGCAGGAGCCUAUACCGUCUAUUCGUUCUUCGAGUGGUCCUUAGUUCUAUUCGAUGUCGCAUUUGACGCCGUCACCGCUCUCGACUUCGAAAAAUUCGAGAUUGUAGUCAGGGAUGUAAAAGGCGCGAGCAAGGGAGCUGACAUGUUCACCCAAUCGGCUGCUGCCUCCGAGAAGCGAAAGGAAAGGGGAAAGGCCAUACCCGGAGCAUUUAAUGGUAAACUGCCUUGGUUUGAGAUCUUCGACACAGUCGCUGAGGUCUACCACGGCUUCGUAUUCUGGUCAGCACUUACGGGGCUGGGCGUGGUUAUCUGGUAUUUCCCACUUUGGCACAUGGGCAUCUCGGGCUACGAAGCGUUUGUCAUGUCGACGAUCUCGCCUCUCAUUCUAGGCAUCAAGCCAUUCCGCUCUCUAGUUACCCACAAUUUGCGCGCCUCUCAUCUACUAUCGCUUGCCGGACUCCUUGCCUGGCAGGUCAAAGACCCGGCGCGCAGGCUUUUCACGGUGGGAUUUGGCGUUGCGAUGUCGUGCCUAUCCUGGGCAGCCACUCUCUCCUCCGAAUCAGUCCAUCGAGCACGGCUCGAGUCGAAAAUAUCGGCAUGGAUUAUUGGCCUGGUCAUGUCUUCCGCCGCCAAAUUCGCCUGGCAAACCAAUAAUCCUAUCUGGCCGAUUAUGCACGCUGCCAACGGCGGUUAUAACGGGACCGGAUUGGCUUUGGCGUUUCUGGCAGUGCUGAGGUUCACUCGCAAGGCGCCGUUGAAUACCGGGGCUAUUCAUGGUGGUAAGCGGGAAGGCUCAUCGCUCUUGGCCGCUCUAGGCAUCGGCGGCCUCUUCUUCGGUCUACAUUCACUUCUCUCCGACACAAGUACUAUGAUCCUAUGGGUAUGGGAAGGCUACCCAGUGCGCGGCCCUCUUUGUACUAUUCAUGGUUGGUUGACCCUGGCUGCGAUGACGGGAGGAUUGCUGGCGGGGAUUCGCGCACCGAAACUGGUAAGCACAUGGCCGGCAUAUGGUCUGGGCUGUACCGGGGUGGCCAUCCUUACGCUUUACCACAACUGGCUCGGGUACGUCGGUGCUCUGACUACGGCUUUCUACCUGACUGCCAUUGCCUCGCCCGUAAUAACUGCGGCUUCUAGAGGGUGCCCCGCGACAACAUUCGGCCUCGGAUUUUUCAUCUACAACUUGAUGGUUUUGUUUCAUGUUUGGGUUGUUGCCUAUGCCUUCGUCCCUGGCGGGCCUCUCGUCCGCGAGCAUACAGAUUGGAUUAUGAUCACGAUGAUGCUUUUCAUCGGUGCUGGCGUCCUCAAUGUGACGUCGACGAGUUCCCGUCGCCAGGAGCCCCGCGAACGACCUUCUCGGCCGCAGCACCGGAAGUAUCACGCCUGGGCGCUCGGUGUCAUCAAUGUCCUUUUCCUUGGCGUAGCGUUCCGUCGUUUCCCAACCAACGACUACAAGCCUUACCACGAAGACUCGAGGCUGAUCACGGCUGGAAUCUGGACCAUCCACUUCUCUCUGGAUAACGAUAUGUGGUCCUCCGAGUACCGGAUGCGUAAUUUGAUUCGAGAACUCGAGAUCGACGUUGUUGGCUUGUUGGAGUCCGACCUACAGCGUAUUAUCAUGGGGAAUAGAGACACGACUCAAUUUCUCGCCGAGGACUUGGGAAUGUAUGUCGACUACGGCCCGGGCCCUAAUAAGCAUACAUGGGGCGCGGCGCUCCUCUCUAAGUUCCCGAUUAUGAACUCGACGCACCACCUCCUUCCAUCUCCUGUAGGUGAGCUAGCCCCAGCCAUCCAUGCGACGCUGGACGUUUACGGGGAGCUAGUCGACGUCUUCGUUUUUCAUUCCGGGCAGGAAGAGGACCGCGAAGACCGUCGACUUCAGGCCGAGUAUCUCUCCAAGUUGAUGGGCACUUCGCCGAGGCCAUCGAUACUGCUAUCCUACCUCGUUACUAGGCCUCUUCGAGGCAACUACAACACGUACGUUUCCAAGACGUCGGGUAUGCACGAUGUAGACCCUAGAGACUGGGAUCGUUGGUGCGAAUAUAUCUUGUACAAGCGCCUCCGGAGAGUCGGCUAUGCGAGAGUUUCCAGAAGUACCAUCACAGAUACCGAACUGCAAGUCGCCAAAUUUGUUGUGCCAACGACCAGCGCUGAGAAGGCCGAUAUCGCCGCUUUAGAAAGUAACUCGGAGGCUAGAAAUCGCAAGGUGGGCGAACACGACGUCCCCGAGGAUUGGAGAUUUCCUACUAUAUUCAGGGGUAAGGGCGUCAGAGGGCAUCGCUAUCACGUAUUUGAUGGGCCCUUGUAUUAUAACUCGUCGUGAGUGGGUAAUCAGCACGAGGAUUGUAUGAUUUAUGAUCGGCAGCAAGUCGCAUAGAGGAGGAUUCUCUGCCGUCCAAGACACUAAAACACGUAUAUUCACUUUUCAACGCGCGGGCGGCCAGGAGCAGACGGUUCCCCCGCGAACAUGACCCCGUCCCCGUCAGGCAUUUCCGCCGUUCCCUUGGGUUCUUCUCCGAUAAUAUGCCAACCCUACAGAGUCUCCCCGCCCAAAAUGCCACCUGCCGUCUUCGUUGCUCUCUUCCCUUCCGAUUGGCGCGAUGUGUUUCGGCCACUGGCAUACAUCGACUGCAGCCGAUAUCCGAUCAUGACCUUUCAUCUACGGCCAAAGUCCAAAACCCGGUAUUUCGUGACACUACACUCUCUGGAUUAGUAGCCUUCUCCCCGUUGGGGCCUGCAUGGAGCGGCUAUUGGGACGGGAAGCAUGCAUGUUUAAGGAGUGUCUAACAGGUAGGUAGUAUUGCAUACUAGACACACCCCCUUAACAACUGCUGGUACGUGCCGUUCGACGGUGACGUCGAUGCAAG